CCCCUUCUUUGCUUCUAUACUCUCUCACUACAACUACACUCUCUCUCUCUCUAACUUUUUUCUCUCUCUAAGCGGCGGGAUGGCGAAGGACGUGGCGGAGCAAGGCUCUUUCGGCGCGAAGGACUACCACGAUCCGCCGCCGGCGCCGCUGAUCGACGCGGAGGAGCUGACGAAGUGGUCCUUCUACAGGGCUGUCAUAGCUGAGUUCAUAGCUACUCUUCUCUUCCUGUACAUCACCGUCGCGACGGUGAUCGGGUACAAGAGCCAGGCGGCGGUGGACGAGUGCGGCGGCGUCGGAAUUCUCGGCAUUGCAUGGGCCUUCGGCGGCAUGAUCUUCGUUCUCGUCUACUGCACCGCUGGAAUUUCCGGGGGGCAUAUAAACCCGGCGGUGACAUUCGGGCUUUUCUUGGCCCGAAAAGUGUCGUUGGUGAGGGCGGUGAUGUACAUGGUGGCGCAGUGUUUGGGGGCGAUUUGUGGAGUUGGGCUUGUUAAGGCGUUCCAGAGUUCGCUAUACAAGAAGUACGGCGGCGGCGCUAAUGGGCUCUCCGCCGACUACAGCACCGGAGUUGGGCUCGCCGCCGAGAUCAUCGGAACUUUCGUUCUUGUCUACACCGUUUUCUCCGCCACUGACCCCAAAAGGAGCGCCAGAGAUUCUCACGUCCCUGUAUUGGCACCUCUACCCAUUGGAUUUGCAGUAUUCAUGGUUCAUUUGGCCACAAUUCCGAUCACCGGCACCGGAAUUAACCCAGCUAGGAGUCUUGGAGCUGCAGUUAUCUUGAAUAACGAUGCCGGGUGGAAUGACCAUUGGAUCUUUUGGGUAGGGCCCUUCAUUGGUGCAGCCAUUGCAGCAUUCUACCACCAGUUCAUAUUGAGGGCAGGAGCAGUUAAAGCACUUGGUUCAUUCAGGAGCAGCAACCAUGUUUAAUUAUUAUUAAUAUUUACUAAUUAUUCCUGUUAUUAUUAUAAUUUAAAUCCCUUUUUUUUUUCUUGUUUUUCUUUUUUCAUGCUUUGUUUUCGAGUAGAAGAAAAUGGAACAAGAGACGAGAUCCUUUUCGUGUUAAUUAUGAAUAAUCGUUUUUUAUUUUAAUCUUGUGUUUCUAGGUUU